CCCCCUCCCCACCCGCGGCGCGCGGGCGGCCGUUGGCCGUGAGGCGGCGGCGGUUACCGGUGAGGCGACGGUUAUCCGUGAGGCGCCCGGCCGGCCGGCCGGCCGUUACCCGUGAGGCGAUGCUGAGCCUGUUGGAGGUCGGCGGCUCGCUGCUGGAGCGGGUGGCCGUCGGCAACCCCCUGUCUCUGGCGCUGGCCGCCUCCGCCUUCGCCCUCAGCCUGGGCUACCUGCUGCAGCUGGGCUACCGGCGGCACGUCGGCUCCGAGCAGCGGAAAUACCCACCCUAUAUUUCAUCAAACAUCCCUUUCCUUGGGCAUGCGAUAGCGUUUGGAAAAAGUCCCAUUGAGUUUCUGGAAAACGCGUACAGCAAGUAUGGACCUGUGUUCAGUUUCACCAUGGUUGGCAAGACAUUUACCUACUUACUGGGUAGUGAUGCAGCUGCGCUGCUCUUCAAUAGCAAAAACGAAGACCUGAAUGCAGAGGAUGUAUACUCUCGGUUGACGACACCUGUUUUUGGAAAGGGAGUUGCUUAUGAUGUCCCUAAUGCGGUAUUUUUGGAACAGAAGAAGAUGCUCAAAACUGGGCUAAAUAUUGCCCAGUUUAAGCAGCAUGUAUCUGUGAUCGAAGAAGAAACAAGGGAGUAUUUCAAAGCAUGGGGAGAGAGUGGACAAAAAAAUCUGUUUGAAGCCCUUUCGGAACUUAUCAUUUUGACAGCAAGUCAUUGCCUACAUGGCAAGGAAAUAAGAAGCUUGCUGAACGAGAAGGUGGCGCAGCUCUACGCCGAUUUGGAUGGGGGCUUCACGCACGCUGCCUGGCUGCUGCCCGGCUGGCUGCCUCUGCCGAGCUUCAGACGUCGAGAUCGAGCACACAAAGAGAUAAAGAAUAUUUUCUACAAGGUUAUCCAGAAACGUCGGAAUUCUGAGGAGAAGGAGGAUGACAUGCUCCAAACGCUACUGGAUGCUUCGUACAAGGACGGCCGCCCGCUGACAGAUGACGAGAUAGCUGGGAUGCUUAUUGGGUUGCUCCUGGCAGGGCAGCACACGUCCUCCACCACCAGUGCCUGGCUUGGCUUCUUCAUAGCCAGAGACAAAUCGAUACAGGAGCAGUGCUAUGCGGAACAGAAAGCGGUUUGUGGAGAUGACUUGCCACCAUUAACUUAUGACCAGCUCAAAGAUCUCUCUCUGCUGGAUCGCUGUCUGAAAGAAACUUUAAGGCUCAGACCUCCUAUAAUGACCAUGAUGAGGAUGGCCAAAACUCCCCAGACUGUUGCUGGCUACAGUAUUCCCCCUGGCCACCAGGUCUGUGUAUCUCCCACUGUCAACCACCGCCUGAGGGACUCGUGGAAAGACGCACUGGACUUCAAGCCUGACCGCUACCUUCAGGAUAACCCAGCAGCGGGGGAGAAGUUCGCGUAUGUUCCCUUUGGCGCUGGCCGUCAUCGCUGUAUUGGAGAAAACUUUGCUUAUGUCCAGAUUAAGACGAUUUGGUCUACCUUGCUUCGUUUGUAUGAAUUUGACCUCAUCAAUGACUAUUUUCCAACUAUCAAUUACACAACAAUGAUACAUACACCCAAUAACCCCAUUAUCAGAUACAAGAGGAGGUCUCUGUAAAGCCUGGAGCUGAAACCCUUCUAUACAUCUUUCUUCAACUCUAAAUGAUAAAAUCAUUUCAAGACCAGAACAUGGAGUACACAUUGGUCUGAAAUGUAAGUCAAGAUUAAAUGUUGACCAAAAUAAUAUUUGUAUGCUCCUUUUCCUUCCAUAAUCCCAAAUGACCUGGAACAUUUACCUCAAGCUCUUCUCUUCGUCUUUCCUCGCUGCGUUCCAUUUUAGCUUUUUCUUUUUCCAAAGCCCACUGUAGCUCUCUUGAUUUCUUCUGUUCGCCAGCCAUUGUAUCCUUGAGAAUAUCUAGCUCAGCUGCUUUUUCUUUAACUUCAGUCCUAAGAAAGAAAUGGGCAAUCUUUACAUUAGACCAUGGCUUUCAUGCUACCACAGUAACAGCAGUUACUUGAUACUUCAUUUUGUGAACUGAGAACACUGUUCGUGUAGUAGUGUAAAAAUGAAAAGCCUAUUUAGAAAAACAAGCUAAUUCAAACAUCAAAAAGAGCUGCAUGGCUCAAAAAUGACAGAAAAAGUGUGUCCGUACUCCUAACUUUGUAGCUGCUGUUCUCCAUGAAUUGGUGGCUCAGAGGUAGCUAGUGUUCAACUUAAUCCAAACAUUGGCCAAAAUUUGAAAGGAUGCAAACCAACAUCUUGCUGCCACAUAUCUCAAAUGAUUUUUCUUUUUGGGGGUUGGGUGAAUCUAUGCCCCGAAUUUGCACUUUUCUGCAAAUUAGCAAUUUUUUUUUUUUUUUGCAAAACAAUAAAAAAAGGCAAAAGAACCUUGCUCCUGAUGAUCAGUAAAGGUUAAAAGGCAAUCAUUAAGGCAACAUAAAUUUGAACUUUCUCUUAAUUUGUUAUCACUGACCUGAAUGUUAAAAUACUGUAUACAGGCACACCAAUUUACUGAAGACUUUAAUAGUAAUAGCUUUCCUGGGUGCCAAAUAUUUUGCCUGGUACCUCUGCUGUUGGCCAUAACAAAGCAACAUUUCAAGUCAUAUGAAUUUCAUAUUAAAGUACUUGCUAAGUCAUUUCGACUCUGCAAUUUUGUCUCCAUGUUCCUUUUUAGAAGCAAAAAAACCCUUUAAUAAAUAUGGUGCUAUGGUGCACUUAUUAGUUUGUAUACAGCAGUCUAAU